AUGGUUGAUGGUGCCGGGAGUAUCGGGGGUGAGUUGAGUCCUGUUCUUGAAGUUGGUAAGUCGUUGGCUGCUCCGAUUUGGCGUCAAUUUAUGUACUUGUACAACUACAGCACCAAUUUCAAAAGGCUGGAAAAGGAAGUUAAUAAGCUAAAGAAUACAAGAGACGAAGUUCAGCAUAGGGUUAUUGCUGCUGAAAGAAAUGUGGAAGAGAUCAAACAGAAUGUUAAAGACUGGCUAACAGAUGUGGAGAAGACAAUUACUGAAGCAGAGCAGUUGAUUCAAGAGAAAGCAAACAACCCUCAAUGUUUCAAGGGAUUGUGCCCCAACUACAAACAAAGCAAGAAAGCUUUCAAAUUAAAGCGGGAGGGUAUUGAUCCACUCCUCCAGAAAGAAAAGGAGUUCGAUCAAGUUUCCUUUCCUACUAUUCCACAAGAUAUCUGGCUUAGAUCUAAUGAAGAUUAUUUGGCAUUCGAAUCAAGAACCUCUAUGGUGAAGAAUGUAUGGGAUGCAUUAAAUGAUGAGAAUGUGUACAUGAUUGGUGUUUAUGGGAUGGCUGGUCUUGGGAAGACUACUCUUGUGCAGGAAGCUGGAAGGAAAGCAGAGAAGGAUAAUUUGUUUGAGGACAUUGUUUUUGUUGAGGUAACACAAAAUUUGGAUAUAGAAAAAGUUCAAACAAAAAUUGUAGAGAAGUUGGGCAUAAAAUUCAGUAACGAGACUGAAAGAGCAAAUAAGUUAUAUGAGAGAUUGAGGAGCGGUAAGAAGAUCCUUCUAAUUUUAGACAAUAUUUGGGAAGAUAUUGAUCUCAAGACUAUCGGUAUUCCUUCUAAAAUGGAUCGUGGAGGAUGUAAACUAAUGUUCACAACAAGAAACUUAGAUGUAUUGGAGAAGAUGGGCUCCACAAAUAAUUUCCAGUUGGGCGUUUUAGAAGAAGAAGAAGCUUGGAACCUAUUCAGGAAGAUGGCUGGUGAUGUUAUUCAAACACAUGAAUUGAAUUCUCUACCAAAUGAUGUAUGCAAAGAGUGCGGAGGGUUGCCCAUCAUUAUUUGUACCAUUGCAAAAGCAUUAAAAAACAAGAGUCAUCCAUCUGAUUGGAAAGUGGCGUUGCAAGAAUUGAGAGCUCCUUCGCCAAGAAAGUUCACGGGAUUCCUAGAAAAGGAAUACAUGAAGAUGGCCUUAAGUUAUGAUUACUUAAGGAAUGAAGAACUUAAGAAAACGUUUUUAAUUUCUGGUCUAAUGGAAAAUAAUACUUCCAUUUCAAACCUAUUCAAACAUGUUGUGUGUUUGGAUAUACUUGAAGGAGCUAAUUUGACAAUGGAAGAGGCACGAGAUAGAUUGGAUAAAUUGGUUCGUGACCUCAAAGGUGCUAAUUUGUUACUUGAUGGGUUGAGAAGUGAACAAUUUGCUAUGCAUGAUUCUAUUCAUGCUGUUGCUCUAACAAUAGCAUACGUUGAUCACCAUGUAUUUACAUCGAAAAAUGACAUUGAACGAGAAUGGAAGGAUAAAGAUAAACUCAAGAAAUGCACAAAAAUCUCCUUACAUGAUAGUAGUACUAUUAUGAGUCAACUUCAGCCUAAGGAUUUGGAUUGUCCAGUCCUUGAAUAUUUCUACAUGUCAAGCUCUUAUUUAAAAAUCCCGGAGGACUUCUUCACAAUGAUGCCAAAGCUCAAAGUUUUAAAUUUAGUUCAACUGCACCGAUCGUCAUUGCCAUCAUCCCUUCAUCUUUUGAAAAACCUUCAAACACUAUGUUUAGAUAAUAGCACAAUUAACAAUGUUGCUAUUAUCGGAAACCUAAAGAAACUAAAAGUCCUUAGCUUGAAACAGUCAUUUAUUAAGGAGUUGCCUAAAGAAAUAGACCAAUUGACUGAACUCAAGUUAUUAGAUUUAAGCUAUUGUGAACAAUUGCAAGUUAUUGUGCCAAAUGUGAUAUCAAAAUUAUUGCAAUUGGAAGAAUUUUAUAUAAAGGGAUGCCCUAUUCAGUGGAAGGUUGAUGUACUCAAGGAGUUAAAACUCUUAUCAAAUCUCUCGAGUGUAGAAUUGGACGUUAGAGAUAACAAGGUGCUACCUAAAAACUUAUUUGCCAAAGAACCUAAAAGGUACAAAAUAUCAGUAGGAGAUUGUUCGGUCUUACAUGAAAAAUAUGGCAAACUUGAGCGUUAUGAAAAACAUGAGCUUUUGAGGGUGUUGAAAGUUAGCUUUAAUUUUAUCAGGUCACUUGAAGAAUUACAUGGAUUCAAGAACAUUGAACUCUUACAGUUAGCUCAAUUUUCAGAAGAUGAGAACUAUGCUGAGGAUUCAAAAUUUGAUUUUCAAUCCAAUGAAAUCAUGCCUCUAUUUAAUGAAAAGGUUAUUUUUACCAAUUUUAGGAUAUUGGUUUUGUACAAUAUUAGUCUGGGAAAGAUUUGGGAUAACCGAAUUUCAACUUCCUCUCAAAAUUUGAAACGAUUGAAGUUAGAGAGAUGUGGAAAGAUGACAUAUGUGUUUACAUUUUCCAUCGCCAAAAACCUCAAACAACUUCAAAACCUAGAGAUAAUAGAUUGUGAGAUUUUAGAGAAGAUUAUUGAAGAAGAAGAUGGAGCAAAAGUUGUUGUUCAUUCUAUCUUUCCACAGGUAACCAAAUUGGUGCUCAAAAGUCUACCAAAACUUGCAACUUUAUAUCCAAGAAUACAUGCUUUAGAAUUCCCGAUGUUAAAAAGGUUGGUGAUAAAAAAUUGUGAAAAUUUGACUUCAACAUAUUUGGGCUUGCGAGAUGAUAACAAGAAGGGUGCACUUCCAAUAUCAAAGUCAAAAUUCCUCUGCUUAGAGAAUAAGAUCAAUUGCAAUUUGGAGGAAUUUGAAUUAUGGGAUGGUGUGAUAAACAUUGUAUGGAGUAGUCAAUAUAAAGAUCUUUAUAUCUGGCGGGAUAUCUCAGCAAAUAUUCCAUGUGGACUCUUUCAAAGAUUUCAAAGUGUUAAGAGGCUUAAUCUACGUUCGUGUGAAUACAAAGAAAUUAAUAGUGUAUCUAAUCUUCCAAAUCUUGAAGAUCUAUACGUAGAAAAAUGUGGGAAAUUGACGAGUCUAAUGCCAUCUUCAGCUUCUUUCCAGAAUCUUAAAUUCCUAAAUGUCUAUGGUGUGGAUGGGUUAGCUGCCUUAACAACACCUUCAGUGGCUAGAAGCUUGGUGCAGUUAAGAGAAUUGAAAUUAUCAUUUUGUGAAAUACUGGUUGAAAUAAUAGAGAAUGAGGGAGAUGCAACAACAAGCAGCAAAAUUGUUUUUGACAAUUUGAAGUUGUUGUCACUUACACGGUUAGAAUGUCUUACAUGCUUUUGUUAUGAGAACUACUCUUUCAAUUUCUCAUCACUAGAAGAAUUAAUUAUAGAAGAAUGUCCCAAUUUGAAGACUUUCUCUCAAGGAAUGUUAAGCACUCCAAAGUUGCACAAAGUCAAUUAUGAGAUAUUGGUAAUAGAAAAUGAGGGGAAUGAUCUUAACAAAAUUAUACAUGGAUUGUGCAAAAAGAAAGACGAGGAAAUCUCCCUUGAUUUCAAGUACAAGGCAUUCCAAAGUGAUAAUUCUAUAGAAAUUUGUUACAACCAGCAUCCAACUUCCUUCUAUCAAAAUUUGACACAGUUGAUCCUUUGGAAUUGUGGAAAUAUAAAAUAUGCAUUUCCACCUUCCAUUGUUAAAACUCUCCACCAACUUCAACAACUAAUGAUAGGGGAUUGCAAGGUUUUAGAAGAGAUUGUUGCAAAAGAAGAAGGAGUAAAUGUUAUGGUCAAUUUUGUCUUUCCAAAUUUAACCUUAUUGAAGCUUGAAAAUCUACCAAAUCUUACUGUUUUCUACCAUGAAAUGCAUACUUCAGAAUGGCCAAAGUUGAAAGAGUUGGUGGUGAGAAAUUGUGCCAAGUAUCUGAGCUUCAAAAAACACAAUGAGGAGAUUGAAUUUAAAAUUUUAGAUCCAAAAUCUAUCUUCUUGGAAGAUAAGAUUAACUCCCAUUUGGAGGUAUUUGAAUUAUGGAGUGGUUUUGUAAAAAUCACUUGGCAAAAUCAAUCUAAAACUCUUCAAAUCUCUUUGGAUGAGUUAGCAUAUAUUCCACUUGAAUCCCUUCAGAGAUUUCACAAUAUGAAAGAGCUUCAACUACAUUGUUGUAAUUGCAAAGAAAUUAAGAGGCUAUGGGAUCUUCAAAGUCUUGAAGUUCUAGAUUUAUGGGGUUGUAAAAUGUUGUUGAGUCCACUGCUGUCUACACCUUUCCAGAAUCUUAAAGUUCUUAAAGUACAAUUUUGCAGGGGGUUGGUUAACUUAAUAACACCUUCAACAGCUGGAAGUUUGAUACAAUUGAGAGAAUUGAAAAUAUUUGAGUGUCACAUGCUAAUUGAAAUUAUAGAAAACGAGGGAGAUGCAACAUCGAGUGGUGAACAAGUUGUUUUUAACAAUUUGAAUAAGUUGUCACUUAAAUAUUUAAAUAGUCUCUCAUAUUUUUGCUCUGGGAAUUACUCUUUCAAUUUCUCAUCUUUGGAAGAGUUAAUUAUAGAAGGAUGCUUCAAUAUGAAGUAUUUUUGUCAAGGAAUGUUAAGCACACCAAUGUUACACAAAAUCAAUUAUGGGGGAAAGGAGGUAGAAAAUGAAGGGAAUGACUUGAAUUCAACUAUACAACAAUUAUACAAAGAAAAGAUUGUGCAAAGUUAUGGGAAAGAUUCCCAUGGUAGCAAGCUGCAAAGUCACGUGGUGUCUGUUAAGAAGAGAACGCUGAAAUGUAUUGCAGAUUACAUUGUUGAUGUAACUUGUAAACCGGCUGGACUCAGUCACAACUAUGGAGCCAUAUUUAUCGUACUUUUCUCUCUCUGGCUCUCUGUGGUUCUCCUUUGCAUCGGCCUAGCUUCUUCCCGUGAGUUCUUGGGUCCUGUGGAGGCGCCGUUCUGCUGCUGGUCUAUUUUGGCUUGGGUUGGCUCUCUGCAGCUGCUUCGGUGCUGAAAUCCUCUCCUGUUCUCUUGCCCUUGUCCUCCUCUGGAGUUGCUGAUUCCUGCAUCCCUCUCCGCUGUCAGUUCUCUCCUGCAUUGGGGUUCAUUGGGUUUGAUGGCCUUUUGCUGCCUUGCUGCUGCCGAAUUUGAGUUCUUGGCUACCGGUUCUGCUGGCACCUUCCCUCGUUUGAUGGUUGCUGCUUUUUUAAUCCUUUCUUUCCCUGCGUCCUUUCUUGUCUCUCCUGGAGCGUUCCAGCAGUGUUUUUGCGUGGGUGGUUCUUGGUUGUGGUUCCAGUAAGUUGCGUCUUAGUGAAAUGGUUGCACAUUGGUCCAUUUCUGUGUUUGCUUCUGGUUCCUGGGAUGCUGCAUGCUGCAUCAGGUGUGUGCCGGUUGACGCUUCAUACUGUUGGCUGGGUUCUUCUUGCUGUCUUUGGCGACCUGCCAUGGCUGGAUGUGCUGGGUUCAUUGUUAUUUUAAUUUCAGUUGGUCGUCUCAAGUACGCUUUCUGUUCUUAAGUGGUUUGUUGUUGGUUUGCAAUUGAGUGAGAGUUUUAGCCAUUCGGCUCGUGAUGUUGUACUUAGAGUGUGUUUUUAUAAUGUUUUUAAUACUGAAAUGGUGAUUAAAUUGAUUGUCUCAUUGGUUCAUAGUUUGAC